AUGAUCGAGACCAGAAGACAAAAUACAACCGCUCAGAGCACGGAACAAGAUCAGAUUAUUUACUCACACAGAGGUCAAGAAAUUAAACUUGGAGUCGCCUUCGAGAACCAGGAUGCUUACUACACAGAUGCUCCACAGGACCAUUUCACCCACCCUUCGGAUUACAUCCAGGUCGAUCAGUACUCGGUUCCGAUCGAAAAUCCACCAUACUCGGAGUUCGAGCUCCAGCUCGGAAACAACCAAGACUUUGGCAUGAUAAACGAAAAUCACAAUCAAAGAGAACACGACUCGGAUAACGACAUUGACGGACUAGCUGAUUAUAACCGGGGAAACACUCCAGUCGCCCGUUGCAAUGAGUGCGGGCUAUCGUUUCGCUCGUUCUCAGGACUGUAUCAUCAUCAGAAAACUCACGAAGGUCAGCUUUUCAAGUGCCCAGAGCCAGAAUGUUCAAAGGAAUACAAAACAGAACACUUGCUCAGACGACAUCUGAAGGUCCACAGGGAUCAUAGGGAAGGAAAUCUCAAAUGUCCACAUUGCGAAAAGACAUUCUGCAGAGCGGACUACUUAGAAAUUCACAUCAAACGACAUCUUGGCCAAAAAGACGAAAAAUGCCCCGAAUGCGGAAAGGGUUUCGUUUGCAAGUCCGACCUUAUCCGUCAUAAAUUAAAUGUGCACUCCGCCUUUGGCCGAUACCAGUGCCCCGAUUGUGGAAAACGGCUUCGAUCGAAUACGUCGCUGAAUCGACAUCGCCAGUCUAGACUCUGUAUUAAGGCUCCUAUGAGUGUGCCUUACCAUCCUUACACACCCGCCAUUCAUGGACUCAUCGAUCCGGAGUCCGAAGAAGCACUGCGAACCUCCCAAAGCUACAGUGACAUUCAAGAUCAACACCAAGUAUCUCAACAACACCAGCAUCAGGCACAACACCAAGUUUCCCAACAACAACCAACGCUAACAUACGAUGAAACUGUCUACCCGUCUGCCACGCCAACUCCUUCUUCCGGGAUCUUCCAGACAGUCAUAGUGGAAAACACGCUUUCCCCGAUGAAUGGUGGUGGAAACCCGACAUUAAAUUCAACGCUUGAAAUGACUCCUCAGGAAGAAGAGCUUUCAAAAAGAUCUCCUCAAAACUACGAAACCUCGCUUUCCUUCAAUGAGUCUCCAGACUCGACGAUUUCAGCCGACAACUCAGAAAUGUUCAUCCACCAUCCGUCCCACGUAGAACCUUCUACCUCUCAACAAAAUCAUCUGCACGACUAUUCUUCAAUUCCAACAUCUUACUACUCCAAUCAGAGUCAUAUGGGCUACGCAGAUCUCCAAUUCGUCGGAAACUCCAACUCAGUCGAGCACUUCUUCCAAAGCGCCUCAGUUUCGAAUCACUUGCCUCACGAGCGCAGCUCAGCGGAUCUUACACAAAAUCAAAUGCUUCCAACUAUUUAG